AUGAGUUAAAAAUUCGAAUAAAUUGCAAGACUAACAAGAAGCACUGCCAUCUUCAAAGCUAACUAUGUACCAUUAGCUUUGGUAGGCACAUCCCUCAUUUCAUUUAUUGCUUGGUCCAAAUUGCCUUAUGGCUAAGCCUUUCCUCACUUAACAAUUUCAGAAUACGUGCCCAAAAAAUCCUACUUCCAUUCCUUAAUUUUGGCUCCUCUAAAUUUCCAAACCAACGGACAUUUAUUGGUUUACGGCCCAGCUAUGUUAUACUCAUUUUAUUAAAUGAGUACAAUCCUUUGCAAUACCCAAUUUUUGGCCUUUUACAUUGUUAACUCUCUUAUAUGUUCCUCCUUUACAGUUUAUUAUGAAAAGAAAAGAAGUGCUGAAUUCGGCAUUAAUUUGAUGUCUCCUAAAUGUGUUUCAGCAAUCACUCCUUUAAGUUUUAUGACAUCUCUAAUGGUGUUGAAACCUCACUUAAAAUUAUUAAAUAAACCUCCACUCCCAUUUUUUUUAAUCCCUGCUAUGUAUGCCAUGUAUGAAGUGCAAGAAUACCAAAAUGGAUUCAUUAAUGAAGUAUGUAGGCCUACCCACAUUUUGGCCUUGGUUAAUGGAUUAAUAUUGGGACUCAUUUUUAAAAGAUUCAUUUGA